UGCGCACUUCAGUUCGCGCCUUGAACCGUGUGGCGCGAAUCCGCUCUUCAUGAUGAAACCAGCCCGAGGGUCCGGAAGGGCCUCCACACGGGGCCCCAGAGGAGCCACAGACAGGAACACACACAAGACUCAUAAAACGUCGAAACCCAGAGCUGAAGGCCCACAUCCGGAGCCGUCGAACAAACACAGCGUGAUGGCUGGAAAGAGUAAGAGUAAGGGAAACUGGAAGCCGCUGACCAAAUCUUCCCUGCUGGCUCUGGAGAACAUGCUCGGUUUGUCCAUGCUGUCUGUACUGGCAUUGAAAAGCAAAGAAAAAGAAGAAUCGCAGAAGCAUCUCAACCUCCUCAAAGAUCAGUUCCUGGCUAAGUGUGCACAGCUUUCUGUUCCCCCGAGGAAGCAUGGAGACAUUAUGCACGUGUCCCGUCAGUUCAAAGCAGAGAGGACGAAGUCCGAGCAUGGCAGGAAGACGCUUGAGGCUCUAGAGGAGAACACGAGUUCGAUUGUUAGCACUCUGGAGGUGAUGGAGGUGCGGAUGGAUGGUUUAGAGGAGAAAUGCAGGAUAAUGAGACGCAAACUAGACGAGGAAGAGGACAAGGCACAUGAGUUUCUGCAGCAGUCAGAACAGACGGUCCUGCGUCUUCCCGCUUUACCGUCUCUACAGCCGACACUACAGGUACAUCACAAUACACAAUCCAAUGAACUACAGUCAAGAUUACUCACUUAA